UAGAGAGUAAAAAAUCUUCUUCUUUAUUUUCGUUCAAAAAAAUAUCACUUUAAAUUUGAUUUUAUUAAUUGAUAUACAAUAAAAAAAUAUUCUGAUUUAUAAAAAAUAUUGACCACAAAAUGGAAAUGAAAAACCACGACUUUGCUGACCACGAAAAAAUUGAUGACGAUAAGAGUGUUGAAGAAAGCGAAAGUACUGAAGAAGUGAAUAAGGAUGUUGCCAGGGGGAAUACCAAUAGAAUACAUAAAACAAUAAGUGAAGAGGGUAAGAAAAUUAUAUUAGAUUAUAUGAAAGACUGGAUAAAAAGGGGAAGAAAACCUAGUAAUCCUUUUAAAAUGUUGGCUAAAAAAUUAAAGGAUAGUUGUGACUAUGACUAUAAUUCAAAAGCUAUUUGUGACUAUUAUUGGAAUGUGCUUGAUCCUCACCGUAAGUUCUAAAAAUUCUAUUUAUGCUUUUACUUAUUAAGAAGAAUUGAAUGUACUUUUAUCGCUUUAUUUAG